AUGUUGCCCUGGCUGGAUUCGCCCGUCAAGCUCCAUUCCGACAGAGCAGACACCUCCUGCGGCACCUUGACGCCAGAACAAUGUGCCUACCGUCGGGGAUACUGGCGGCACUGGUAUACAGCUGAUCAUGUCUACGCGCUGUCAACCAUCUACUUUCUCUGUGCCAUGACAGGCGUCUUCAUCCUCGCCCAUUUUUCCAGACACGCGUCUCCCCGAGUGAAAGAUACUGGUUUCUGGCGAAAGACGGUUGCUCUUUUGCGAUAUUGCUCAUAUAGAGGCUUCCGCGUCUCGAAACUCAGAUACUGGUCGCCUCCGUUAGGCGUGAUCCUCGUCAUCGCAACGGGGGCAGUCUUCUUCUUCAGCAUGGCACUCGGCCCCAAGCCGUACUAUUGGCCGAAUACAAAAACCGUGACCUACGGGGGCAGCCCGCCCAUCGCCACAAGAUCAGGCUUCAUGGCGCUCGCCCUGCUUCCUUUCGUGAUGCUUCUUGCCUCCAAGACGAAUCUGGUGACUGCGUUCACCGGUGUUUCCCAUGAAAAGCUCCAGAUCUUCCAUCACUGGGCAAGUUACGCCAUGUUCGUCCUCGCCUUGAUGCAUACCUUUCCGUUCAUCGUGUAUAACAUCAAGAUCGGGGAUUUGGUGGACCAGUGGAAGACGCAAGUGACAUACUGGACCGGCGUGGCGGCUUUGAUCCCCCAGGCAUGGUUGACCUUUAUGUCUAUUCCUUUUUUCCGGAAUCGCUUCUACGAGCUGUUCAAAGGAACGCACUUUCUCGCCGCCCUGCUCUUCAUCCUCUUCCUCUUCUUCCACUGCGACUUUAUCCUUUCGUCCUGGGACUAUUUCAUCGCCAUGGCCACUCUGUACUCCUCCUGCUGGCUCGCUGCCACCGUCAAGACAUUCAUCUUCGGCAUCCAUACCGCCCAUCUCGAACCGACCUCCUCGGGGCUUCUGCGGCUGAGCAUCCCGACAGUCAUGGGAUGGAAGGCAGGCCAGCAUGUUUUCCUUCGAUUCUGCACGGGAGGCCAUAUUCUCACGGCGCAUCCGUUCACCAUCUCUUCCUCAUCGCCCGGGCAGUUUGUCGAGGAGAAGAUGCCGGUCAAGAUGAACGAAAUGGUCUUCUACAUUGCUGUUAACAAGGGACUCACUGCCCGACUAGCCACGCUGGCGUGCAAGUCAUCGCCGACAGUCCCCGUGUACAUCGAGGGUCCCUACGGGGGUCCGUCCAGCUCUGACUUUUCCCGAUUCGAUACCGUGCUCAUCGUCUCCGGAGGGUCUGGAGCGGGAUUCUCCAUCGGAUUGCUGGAAGAGAUCCAGAAAGCCAAGAGCGGGACCAAGUGUCGGGUGGUGUAUGCGACACGCACCACGAAGAUGGCACAGUGGUAUAUUGAGGAAAUGGAGAGAGCGGAUCCAGCAGGGACCUGUGCUUUCUCCGUCCAUGUCACCCGCGACGAAGAGGCGAAGGCGCAAGUGACGGAAACGAAACGCGUUACGGUCGGGGCGAGCGAUUCGCAGAUCCAGUACGCCCGACCCGACAUCCCUUCUGUCAUCUCUGCUCUCGGCAACGAAGCAAACGGCAGGAUCGCCAUCUUCACCUGCGGACCGAGAGAAAUGCUGUACGACGUGCGACGGGGGGCGGCAGCAGCGCAGUGGAAAGUAUGGCAGGGGGCCUUGCAAGAGGUGUAUCUCCAUUCAGAGGCUUUUGAGUAA